CCAAGGGGCAUGCAAUUGGCUGCAGCUGCGGCUGCAGUCACGGGUGGAACAGGUUGAGGCGCAAAUAUCAAAUGCCAGAGCGGUUCUUGUGCCGGGGCUAACAGAAUUGUCUGCACCUCAGGGCAGCUUAAGGAGAAAUGAACUUUCAAAGCUUAGGAGUCCCGCGCCUCCCCACGAUUCUAGGCAGGGAUACACUUUCCCGAGAAGUCUCUUUGAUUUGUGCCCUCAAGCUUCAACCUUCCUUCGAAAAAGAAGACCAAGCUGUGGCUGCAGCCAAUGCAUCCUUCGGCGUACCCUGCUAAUUACUGCCCGGCUCGUUAUCAGCCGUCGCCCACCCACUGAUAAGAGGACAGAGCCGAAGCGAACCGAACCAACCCGAGGGCUAGGGCCGAAAGAGCGGAGCUUUCGGUGCCCGUGGCGGCCGUGGAAUUGCUAACAUAUGGUAGCAUUGAAUGGCGCAUCGUCUAGCAUUGGCUAUCCUGUCGUUGUGGCAAGCAGUUCUGCUGGCGACCUCUGUAUCUGCGCUACUGCGACGGCGAGCGGCUCGCUGAUUCUGAUUCCCUGUUUUUGUUUUGGUGCAGCAAACCCAAAUAGGAUUCGUUUUGAAAUAUAUACUGUAUUGAUUUGAUUUUAUCCACAAACCCACUCAUUUCGAUAUCGAUGUCAAGUUGUGUCUUACCUGUGCUGUGCGCGACGAUAUGUUCGAUAAUAGAGACUUACAAAAGUAAAUAAAAACAAACAAUUGGAAUCAAUUGAAAACAAACAAGAAAUUUAGUGAGAUUAUUCGACCAGAAGACAGUGACGAAAAAGUGACAAGGACACACCAUCAAAAUGGUUAUGGUUAGUUCUGCGGUCCUGGGCGCUGCCGCCGGCACCGGCCUCGCUCUCCUCCUCGCCGUAACCAUCGUUAUGUAUCGCUAUUACCUGCUGCGUAGGCGCGGCAAGGAGUGGGAGGAGCUGGAUCGUUGGGAAGAGACCCGCAUCAUGCGAAAGCUGCAGAUGAAGGAAGUCAACAUAGCCAAGGAAUCGCAACCCAUCCAGCCGCCCAGUCAGAUGCAUGGCCUGGCCAUGGGUGUCAACCAUCACAUGGGACCGGGAACGGUGGCCGGAUCGGACAUCUUGCGCGGCCCCGUCGAAGUCUUUCACAGCCCCUUGCACUUGCACCACCAGAGCCGCUCGUUUCCGCCGCGUCUGCAGCGCACACCGUCCAUAUCCAGCCAGAGCAGCGUGGACAGUGCCCCAUCCCGGCAUUCGGGUCAUCGCGGCUCCUCCCCCCAAAUACGGACCUUCGGACCGGACGGACGCAGCUCGCUGCCGAGCGAGCCGGCUUUCCCACACCACCUGGCCCGAUCGCCCAGUCCGAUGCGCACCAUCUCGCUGGAUGCCAGGUGCGGCAGUCCCGCUCACGCCGCCGAUCCGGGGGACUUGCGCACGCCCAGUCCCUCGCAGAGCAGCCUCGCCUCUCUGGCCGGAGCCACUGCUGUUGUGGGCGGCUCUAGUCGUGUUGUGGGCGUGGCCGGGGGUCGCUGCCUGUCGCCGCUGCUGAUACCGCCAAGAUCGCAGCCCGGCAUGGAUCCCGCCAUGGGUCCAGCGUCCCCCUUGGGGGCGCUCCAGCCGGACCUAUAUCGAUUGCCGGACGGACCCGUCUACCUAACAGCGCCGGAGUCGAGUCACGCCGUCGGUCGACUUCACCUGCGUGUGAAAUACGACUACCAUCUGUUUGAUCUGACAGUGCAUCUGAUUGAAGCUCACAAUCUUAGCCCCAUCGAGGAGGGUGGCUUCCGCGACCCCUACGUCCGUCUGAUGCUCCAGCCAGAAGUGGACAGCCGGAAGCGACAGACGCACAUCCAUCGCGGCGAAUCGAAUCCGUACUUCGACCAGCACUUCAAGUUUCCGGUUUCGCGAGAUCAGCUGCAGGGCAAGGAACUGAUCCUCCAGGUGCUCGACUACGAUCGCUAUUCCCAUAACGACAUCAUUGGGGAGGUUCGCCUCUCCGUUGACGGCUUGGACCUGUCAAAGUCAGUUGAGAUCUGGGGAGAUUUGCUGCGGACUAAGAAGCCCAAGGAGGAUCGACCGGAGUUGCUGUGCUCGUUGAACUACUUACCCCAGGCGGAACGUCUGACGAUUGUUAUAAUGAAGGCCCGAAAUCUGGACACUGUGCAGGAGCCGUAUGUCAAGAUUUAUCUGAUUCAAAAUGGCAAGCGUAUCAAGAAGAAGAAGACCAGCAUUACCAAGUCGGACGAUCCCACCAAUCCCAUCUGGAACGAGGCGUUCACGUUUAAUCUGCAAUCAAAUUAUCUCCACAGUGCGGCCAUUGAGAUCUAUGUGGUUGGAGCCGGUAGCGAGGCAGCGGAAAUUGGCUGUUGCGGCCUUGGCCCCCAGGAGAGCGGCACCGGCUGCCAGCACUGGCACGACAUGAUUAACAAUGCCCGCAAGCCCACGGCCAUGUGGCACUAUAUCCGCUAGGCGUCCAGGCAUCCGCUGGAAUCAAACAUUAUCCUAUCCGUACAAUAUCACAGUAUGCUGGGGGACACCCAUUAAAUAAUUAUGAUUUUCAAAUAUGUAAUUGCAGCAGCAUCGUGUCUGUAUCUAAAUCCGUAACUGUAUACUGUGUAUCUGUGUGUCUGUAACUGUAAUCGUAUCCGUACCCGUAUCCGUACCCGUAUCCGUACCUGUAUCCGUAUCCGUGAAUGAAUAUUCCAUUGAACCUUAAACGAGAACCAGAAUAUAUAAGCGGAGUCCUAGCUGCACAGUUUGAGCCACUAAAUGUUUGAAAUCUCAACUGGAAAAAUCAAAGUCAAAUCUACAUAUUUGUAUAUUUGUCGGCUAUGCUCGUUUAUAGGCUUCAACCAAGCGAAGCGGGAACUUACCCUCCAUUAAGCUCAAAUCAAAAGUUCCUACACCGGAAAGAAAACUGACAGAUUUCCAGUAAAGAAAGGGCAAUUUGUUAAACGUUUCUGUUGUGCAUUUUGUGCAACGGUUAUGAGUGAAAUCCUGACAAAAAGCACAGAAACAAUAAAUGAAAGAAAUGGUAAUCGCACAUACAUAAUACUUACACAUGUCAACCAGACUCGUUGACAUCUCAAUCGACGUCAACAGUUUGAGGACUUGAGGAGCGGAGGGAGCCUUCUUUCUCUUCUUCUGAGAGGCAUUCAAGUGUGCGUUUCUUAAAUAAUUAUGAAUACUAUACACAUUCAUAUACCGCACCGCAUAAGGAGCGGGCCAUACUUUCCGUAUCGUGUAGGUCGUAUAGGUCGUAUAGGUGAGUGGUCGUCAAUCAUGUAGGAAGGAAACCUCCCUCAAAUUGGCUCAGACGACAAAAACCAUCCAAAGGAGUAGAGUGGAGAGUGGAGAGUGGAGUCUCUUUUGUGCCGGCGACAGUUGACAAAUUGCCAUCCUGCUGUUGUCCUUUUGCAAUGCGAUCCUAGGUGUACUUGAAUGGGUGUGUGCUGUGCCAUGUGUGUUUCUCGUCAACGACAGCGACAGCGACAGCGACAGCUUCUCCGCAGCUCCGCAAGAGAGAGGGCAUAAAACUUAUGCUAAUUGUUAACUUAAAUAUUCCUUCCAACUCAGUACGAGUAUAUCUAGGGGGUGCCCCGAAAAGGGGUAAUCCACAGGCAUUUCUCAACCACUCCGACUUGCUUUUUAUGCAUCUACUUACAACGAGACAUUCAACCACUCCACUCGGCGUGCCAUCUUAUUUCUUAUUUCUAAUAGCGAUAGGAGGAAGAAGGGACUGCUGAUUUUUUUUUUUAAUAAAGAUAUGCGUGUGUUUUUGGUGUUGUUGGGAAAUAUGUAUGUCCUUAAGAUACUAAUGCAUGUGUAAAACAUGCUAUAUACAUACUACAUAAAUAUACAAAUAAUCCGACUACUAAUUAUAACAUAAUGUAUCUAAUAUAACAAUUUUCAACAAAGACUUGAAAAAGGACACAGCACGUGUUAACUAUACAAGAAAAGACAUACUCUAAGAAGCCAGUAUAUAAAUUCAUACACACACGAAAUCCUUCUUUGAAAUCCUUUUCAAAAAUGAAUAAACCUAAAUCAAAAUCAAAAUCAAAAGAAAUGCUGAAGUAACUCCGACUUAAACGAAACUCUCCGAACAACAUGAACUUGCACAUAAAAUCAAAAACAGACAACAAAUUGAAAUAUACGAAACUGCAAACACCUCCAAUAUUUCCUAUAUACGAGUAUGUACACACGUGUAUUUAGUACACAGGCUUCAAUAUGUUGGGUGUGUAUGGGCUUAUUGUAACCGAAGAAACUACUGGGUUACUGGGGAGUAACACCAAACAAAGUAUAAAUAUAAAUACACAUGAAAACUACACAACAACCUAAGUACGAGUAUAUUCUAUAUAUAUAAAUUAUGAAAUGUACAUGUUAUAUUAUAUAAAUGUGAAUUUAAAUUAUUCGGUAAAUAAAUAACUACAGAGAA